AUGGUGGCCAUUGCUGCCGUAGACCGAGCGAAUCACCAUCAGUUGGCCAUGCGUAGCUACCUCUUCGCCAUCCGGGAGCUUCGUGCCAGCAUUGCGGAUGCCAACGACGCCAGGAAUGAGGAUGGCUUAUUAGCUACGACGAUAUGUCUUUGCGUCUACAAGAGCUUCCGAACUGAUUCACCACCAAAUGUCGGUCCCCAUGCCACAACUGCCGGCUUUCUUCUGACAUCACGAUACCCGGCACAGAGAAAUCAACAACCAGUCAGGACAUUCGAGAGGCUUUGUGUGGAAUCAUUUCUCUAUCACAGCGCGCUCAUGAUGCUCUUUGAACCAACGUUUGAUGCGCUGAGCAAUCCAGACUGCCGAAUGUUCCUUGAUCGCUACUUUACUGAACCGGAACCAAAUGAGCCUGCCGAGGAUCCGUCCACACAGCCCAUAUUGGACACAUUGUAUCAAUUCUUCUUGCUGAUUGCUGAUGUUACACGGCUGGCACGCGCCGCGGGGCCAAUUUGCCAUUCCGACAUAUUUGCCUGGCAAAGACUACACGAUGAAUUACUGCAGUGGGAAAGGAACCCCCAAGCUCAAAACGAGGGAUGUAUGCUGUAUAUCCUUGCCAUGCGCAUCCUCCCUUUAGAAUCGAUAUAUCCGCCCCGUCCGAGGAGGCCGAGGGGCGAAUUUCUUCUCUUCUACGCCAGGGUCUUGACCUGGUCAGGUCUAUCGAUCCCGACAAGUUCUUGA